CUCAAUGUAUGUUGUGUUUCUGUAAAAAACAGAAAGUAUGCUUCUUCUGGGUACCAAGUGAAAGAAAGCAGACAAAUUGUAGUCUUGUUCCAAGAUCAUUAUGAGCACUGUGACAUCCAGCUUGAAUACAUGGCAGAGGAAGAAGCUCUGCUCGUUGUUGAACCAUACCAACCUCAGCCUGCUGUUCAAAGCCAGUGUGCAUGGCUACCAUGUCAAUACAUUUCACCAAAAAUGCAAUACUCAGGGGCCAACUGUUAUCGUAGCUUACAAUAAGUCUGGGUAUGUUUUUGGAGCUUUCACUAGCAAAAAUUAUGCACAGACAGGACAAAAUGUUGUGGAUGACAGAGCAUUUCUUUUCAGCUUUAAUGACAAAGAAAUGAAAGAAGAUCCUCUGCAUGUGGUCAGUGGAAGUCCGCAAUAUGCUUUCACUGACAAUGGUCCAAACUUCGGCUCUUUAGUGUUUCUUUACAAUAAUACAGCCAGUGCCUACAGUAAUCCAGGAACAUACAAAUUCGAUCCACAGAAGAUGCAUGGGAAUGACUUACAGCUGACAGAAUGCGAGGUGUACAGAGUGGAAGAUUGUGGAGGACUCAUGGAGAAACCAUGGAGAAAUGUGCAGUGGAAUUCUGAGAGGAGGCAGGCACUCUUGAGCACCAUCUCUGGCUGGAAGCCUUCUGUCAGCUCAGUCAAACAGGCUCGGAUUCUACUGGUAGGUCCUGUAGGGGCUGGAAAAUCAAGUUUCUUCAACUCCAUCAACUCUGCAUUCAAGGGUUACGUGAGCAUGCAGGCCAACACUGGCACUGCUGGCACCAGUUUGACUACUCAGUUCCGUACCUACUACAUAAAGCCAAGCAACAGUGUCACACAUGUUCCCUUCAUUCUGUGUGACACAAUGGGUCUCGAGGAUGGUGUGAACACUGGUCUGGAUGUAGAUGAUUUUGCCACUAUUUUGAAGGGUCACAUUCAAGACAAGUAUCAGUUUAACCCAUUGAUGCCUAUACAACCAGACUCCCCUCAUUUCCAUAAAUCUCCUGGCUUGAAGGACAAGAUUCACUGUGUGGUCUAUGUGAUUGACAUCAGCAGAGUCAAGCUCCUCUCUGAGAAAACGAUUGAGAAGUUUGUGUGUUUUCGAAAGAAAGCCAACCAGCUAGGUAUUCCUCAGCUGGUUCUGCUGACUAAGGUGGAUGAGGCCUGCCCCUUAGUGGCAGAAGACCUGAAAAAUAUCUACCAGAGCCACUAUAUCAACAAAAUGAUGCAGGAGAUUAGCACUAAGGUUGGAGUUUCUCUGUCUGCUGUGGUCCCAGUGAAAAACUACUACCAAGAACUGGAAAUAGACUCUCAAACUGACAUACUGCUUCUAAAUGCUGUUGUUCAGAUGCUCAGAGCUGCUGAGGGCUAUUUUGAUGAUUUCUACAAUCCAGAAGAGAAGUCAGAGUAAAAAUAGUUUUCCCUGUCUGACUAAAAGGUGCUGAAUGUAAUCAGUACACUGAAAAAAAAAAAGUUGUGUAGAAACAAUUUUCUGCCAGCAACUUUAACAAAUAAUUACAAAAACAGUAACACAUUUGAAGUAGAAACACUAAAAUAGUUUUUUGUUUGUUUGUUUGUUGUUCCUACAUGUGAAUUAAUUUCUAAUACAGUAUGGUAAGGUGUCCUCUCUGAAAUGUUUUAAU